CACUUGGCAUAUGAAAUUCAUAGAGAUGAAUGAAAUAGAGAGAUGGUCUUCUCUCGUCGAUGUAAACAAGACUUUCUGGACAUGGUGGCCGUUCAAUAAAGCCUUGCAUAACAUGACCAUUUUGCGAACAGCGCUCAGGUAACACACUUGAAGAGAAAUGAAGUAAGCAUUAUUGUAUGUAGGCUUGGGUAAACGAGGUCCUCAGCAUGCUGAGAAAUAGUCGCGGAAUAGCUUCAUUGUUCCUGGGAGGAUCAAAAUCCAGGUUACAGUGGUUGUUAAAGACGGAAAUUGCUCCACUCACCUACGCAGCAUUAGCCACUACCACCAAGAGUACCCAAGCUGACGACCACAUAGUCCAAGAAAAAAGCCUGCUAAACCUAACUGAUGUUUCAACUAUUAUACAAUCCGGAAUUGAUGGAGGUUCAUCCGUUAAAGCUUUUCAGGCCAUUCAGGUUCUCUCAGACUGGGUAGAGGUCAAGAAGGUCGAUUUCAAAAAUGACAUUGAAAAAGAUGAGAACUUUGGAAGGCUUUUGGCUUUGUUAGAACGCGACUCGCAAUUGAACAAUCCAUUAGUAGUUCUAAAUGGUUUGAAGAACCUUCAUAGACUGGGUCUAAGUGACGAUGCCUAUGUAAUUCAGUCCAUGGAAUAUGCACUCUUUAGGACUGUUGGUAGGCGAUGGGUAAUAUACCUCCGAUCCUCUUCGCAGUGUGCCGAAAACCACCUGCUGUGGAACGUACGGAAGGUGUCUAUCCCGGUUCUGUUGACCAUUUUGCGCUUCCAAGUCCAGCACCAGAAUACGGAAUUGCAGAAAAAGGUGUUGAAAGAAACCAUAGAUACAGUCCAGAGAAGAUGGGUUGAAGUUAAAGGAGCCAAAGAAAUUCAGAUAAUAUACUCUAACCAUGAGUUGUUCAGUCUGGAUUUCCUGGGGCGGUUGGAUGACCGCACCAUUGAAUUGGCAGAGGAAAUGAGUUAUGUAGAGUUAAGCGGGAUAUUUUGUGCAUUAGGGACUGUAAAGAGACGUGCCACCCCUGUCUUGAGAGCUUUAGCAUUCCAUAUGGCUAAGCAAGAGGACAAGUUGCCCCCUAAGCAGCUUUCUAACAUCUUAUUUGCAAUGUAUUCGUUAAGCUUUCCUGACCAGGUACUUUUGGAGAAAGUAGGGAAAGAUCUAAUCCCGCAGGUUGCAUCCAUAACAAGACCACCAGUCAUAGGAGCUAUUUUGUUUUGUAUGGGGCAGAUGAGAUGGAGACAGCAAAGUUUAUUGGAAGUUAUUUCUGAGUGGGUAGAAAAUAAUACUGAUUCAUGUCGAAUUAAUGAUUUGGUUUCUUUGGUGCUAACUCUUGCAUGCGUGACCUAUACCCCAACGAAUGCCGAAACCCUAUUCAUGAAAAUCAUUUCUAAGCUUGACAACUCAUCCAUCAGUAGAGAAACUGUGUGGUUAGAUGUGGUUUGGUCAUUAGCCCUUCUAGGAAGAGCUACUAAUGAUCAUAUUGCUUCUGUCUUGGAUCCAUCCUUUGCAUCCAAGACAAGGAGCGUAGCGCAGCACUUGCGAAUGGGGAUCAAAUUGAAGUUGCUCAACAUAAAUGCUGUAGCAAAAUUGAUGAUGCAGUCAUAUAAUGGCCCGUUUCUCGACACGGCCGAUUUUAGAGACAUCAUAAUCACCCAGAGCAGAAACGAGCUACUUCUCUCUAAGCACGUUCAGUCAAUGCUACAUAAUUUCCUUCCUCCUCCAAAGUAUAUUCAAGAGAACAUCCAGACACCCUUGGGCAUUUUUGUUGACUGCGAAAUAGCAGUGGACCAGAAGGGCAAACCCAUACCGAUUCAAGAUUACAGCGAUAAUUUUGGAGAGGCGAACAGUGCAAAACCUCUCCCUGAAGGAGCAACAAAGAUGAUAGUGUUCGUGUGGGACUACAAGGACUACACCAUCGGGUCACAAGAAUUGACGGGUGUUAACAAGUUGGCAGUAUAUUUAAUGGAGAAGAUCGGGUACAAGGUUGUCCAGGUGCCAUACUUCGAGUAUAAUAUGAGAGGAAAGACCAUUAAAAAUAUACAGUACUUGGAGAAUAAAAUUAAGGAAGCUGCAGGUGUAUUAUAGUGAUUUCUAAAUUGACUUUCUAUACUUCAUGUACAUAAUUAAGUUAUAUUGUGUAGUUGGCUGAUUUUUAAUAAAAAGUUAAAUGUUU